GCGCACGUCGGGAGGUCUUCGCGGUGCACGCAGGUCCUCUGGCCAAUCGCUUUGGAGCGCGCGGGUUCCCUGGAGUAGAGCCAGGGCUGCAGGGGUGUCGGAGCGCAGUAGUUGUUGCGGCGGAACCAUGGUGGGCCACCUGAGCGAGGGGGCCAUUGCGGCCAUAAUGCAACAGGGAGUUACAGCCAUAAAACCCAUUCUCCAAGUCAUUAACAUCCGUCCCAUUGCUACAGGGAAUAAUCCACCCCGUUAUCGAGUGCUUAUGAGUGAUGGAUUGAAUACUCUGUCUUCUUUCAUGUUGGCAACACAGUUGAACCGUCUUGUUGAGGAAGAACAAUUGUCUAGCAACUGUAUUUGCCAGGUUAACCGAUUCAUUGUGAACACUCUGAAGGAUGGAAGGAGAGUGAUUAUUUUGAUGGAGUUAGAAGUUUUGAAAUCAGGUGAAGAAGUUGGAUUAAAGAUUGGCAAUCCAGUGCCCUAUAAUGAAGGACAAGGACAGCAGCCAGCAGUUCCUCCUCCAGUCUCAGCAGCCAGUCCACCAGCCAGCAGGCCCCAGCAACAGAAUGGGAGCUCGGGAGUGGGUUCUACUGUAUCUAAGACUUUUGGUGCCUCAAAGACAUUUGCAAAACCUGGAGGUACCAGCCUAGGGAACAGCUCCGGGGCAACACAGGCCAAAGUGGUACCCAUUGCCAGCCUCACCCCUUACCAGUCCAAGUGGACUAUUUGUGCUCGUGUUACCAACAAAAGUCAGAUCCGUACCUGGAGCAAUUCCCGAGGGGAAGGGAAACUCUUCUCUAUAGAACUAGUUGAUGAGAGUGGCGAAAUCAGAGCGACUGCUUUCAACGAGCAAGCGGACAAGUUCUUUCCUCUUAUUGAUGUGAACAAGGUCUAUUACUUCUCUAAAGGCACCCUGAAGAUUGCCAACAAACAGUUCACAGCCGUCAAAAACGACUAUGAGAUGACCUUCAAUAAUGAGACUUCUGUCAUGCCCUGUGAAGAUGGUCAUCAUUUACCCACAGUCCAGUUUGAUUUCACAGGGGUUGGUGACCUAGAGAACAAGCCUAAAGACUCACUUGUAGACAUAAUCGGAAUCUGCAAGAGCUAUGAAGAUGUCACUAAAAUCACAGUGAAGUCUAACAACAGAGAAGUCUCUAAGAGGAAUAUCUAUUUGAUGGACAUGUCAGGGAAAGUGGUGAAUGCUACUCUGUGGGGAGAAGAUGCUGAUAGAUUUGAUGGUUCUAGACAACCCGUGAUGGCGAUCAAAGGAGCCAGAGUUUCUGAUUUUGGUGGACGGAGCCUCUCUGUACUGUCUUCGAGUACCGUCAUUGUGAACCCUGACAUCCCAGAGGCCUACAAGCUUCGUGGAUGGUUUGACUCGGAAGGACAAGCCUUAGCUGGCGUUUCCAUCUCUGAUCUAAAGGGUGGAGGAAUAGGAGGGAGCAACACCAACUGGAAAACUUUAUAUGAGGUUAAAUCAGAGAACUUGGGCCAAGGUGACAAGCCCGACUAUUUUAGCUCUGUGGCAACAGUGGUGUAUCUUCGCAAAGAGAACUGUAUGUACCAGGCCUGCCCAACUCAGGACUGCAAUAAGAAAGUGAUUGAUCAACAGAAUGGAUUGUACCGCUGCGAGAAGUGUGACAGUGAAUUUCCCAAUUUCAAGUACCGCAUGAUCCUGUCAGUAAAUAUUGCUGACUUUCAAGAGAAUCAGUGGGUCACAUGUUUCCAGGAGUCUGCAGAGGCCAUCCUUGGACAAAGCGCUGCUUAUCUUGGGGAGUUAAAAGAGAAGAACGAGCAAGCGUUUGAGGAAGUUUUCCAGAAUGCCAACUUCAGAUCUUUUACAUUCAGGAUCAGGGUCAAGUUGGAGACCUACAAUGAUGAGUCUCGAAUUAAGGCCACUGUGAUGGACGUGAAGCCCGUGGACUACAGAGAAUAUGGCAGAAGGCUGAUCACGAGCAUCAGGAGAAACGCUGCAGCGAUGUGAGCCGAGCCUGCUAACGGGGCAGGAGCCUGUAGACAGAGGGCUAAAGCGAACUGACCCCCGAUCCCGCCCCCUGCCCCGCCCCGCCUGACGACUGUGCGUUAGCUGCACGGUGUGGAGUGCCUCUCUGUGGGGGACUAAGCCAUUGCCUCUUGUGCGCAUCUGGGAACCCACUGGCAGCAAAGGGAAGUCUGCUCGGAGGGCUGUGGUGUAAACCGUGUCAGACCUCGGGGUCAGCUGGCGGGGAGCGUAGUACCAGUCACUCCUUCUGUCUUUAGGCUUUUGUCAGUUUUAUUAAGAUUUCAUUAUCUUCAGCCAGGAAUUAUGUCACGAGUAAUUGACCCUAAAUCUGCAGAUGAUGAGAUAAAUUAUGUAAGUAGGGUUUCCACUUCUCCAGUGGUGACACCUCCACGGUUCGGGCCCCUUCUCGGGAGGGAGAGCCGAGAAGUGAUUGUGCAGAGGAACCUGGGUGUUUUAGUGGGCGUGUCUUCCUAGAUCCAAAGGCUCUCUUUCUAGAGGUGCCACGUAGUUGUUAAUGCUUGGAGUGGCAAUAGGGUAGAAUUAUUAAUCAGUCGUAUCUUUUCUAACUGAAAAUAUCCUUCCUUCAGGGUCUGAUAGACUGAGUCAGAUGGGUCUGAUAUUAAUCAAAAUGGUCUCUUCUGAGGAAGGCUGAUAAGCAUUGACCUGCCGUCCCCUAGGGACACCCAGGCGGCAACAGAGCAUUGCUUUAGUUUUCCCUUCAGCUAGUGCUGCAUUUGGGUUGGUAUGCCUUUUCUACCUGUACGUAUUUCUUGCAUUUGUAUGUUUCUUUUCUUGAUUAAAGCUAUGUUAAAUAGAAGGGAUUUUGAAAGGAGAAGCCCUUUGUUUCCAUUGCUUUGUUUAAAAAACAGUAUAGUCUCAGCUUGUGAAUCCUACUUUCUUUGAAUGCAAAGGGCUCUUGUAACUGGAAAGCAAUUAAUUAGCCUUCAUAAUAAAUGUUCACUGGGGGGAGAUGUGAACUCAUUACAAACUCGAAGAUUAGUCCAAAGCAUGGAGAUGAUUCUUCCUAAUGUUUGCAGCCCUGAAAUGCAUCUUUAAAAGAAUGAAAAGACCCCAAACGAAAAGCCGUUGUGCCCUGGAACGCUGAUGAUCUGGCACUUUGGGAUUUUACUGAUGUUUACACAGCAGUCUUAACACCACCAGGCUUUGAAAUGUGAACAGACAGUGAGCUGGGAAGAAAACAGUAAUUAUGCUGCUGGGCUUUUCAGUCGGCAAGAGCAUGCUUCCUCUCUGUGUUCCUAAUCAUAUUAAUUACCUAUCUGGUUGCUGCAGCCCACCGCUUGGCAUUUGCUGCGCAGCUCUCUCCAAGCAUCUAGGCAGCGUCGCAGUCUUCCUGCAGCACCAGGCCCUGGUUUUUAAUCUGGGCAAGUGGGGCACGUGGAGGCCCUUGGUGGAGCUGGGGAGUGAUCACGUCCUGUCUGUGUCAUCCUUAGCUGUCCUCUUUCGGGAGGAACCAGCCGGCGCUAGGCAGGGUGACUCCCAUUUCCCAGAACAUAGAGCGGCCUUUUCUCAGGCCCACUAAUUGAGCACGUUCUAGUCUCAGAAGAUGGCCACUGGGCUGCACUUGAUUCUUUGGCCGAGGCCUCAACGAUUUUUAUGGAAGCUCCUUUCUGUCUGACCUUGCGUGUAAAGCGCUGACUAGAAAGUUAUACUCUUCAGCACUCUGGUGGAUUGACAAAUUGUGGGUUAGAAGUGGCAAUCUAGCUUUCAGUCCGGUAAUGAGUCUUUUAUAUCCGCUGCUCCCAGCAUUCCCUUCUUUCCCUAUCACGGUUUCCACCCUGUGAAGAGCACUGACCAACGGUGCGACCCUGACGCGUCUCUGGAACAUUGUACCAGCCACCACGCGUUCUCGAUGCCCACGCGGUGACACGAGUACGUCUACGCAGAUGCGAUUAGAAGUCCACAGGGGAUGUUCUGAGAUAGGGCGGCUCCCUCAAGGGAUGUUUAGCAGAUUUCCCUACUAAAAAUCAAAUCACCAGUAGCGGAGCAUCAGGAAUUGGCUCCACUGUUAGGCUUCUAAGAGCUUCAGGUCCCGAAGGGUUGCCUAAAUAGAUUCUGGCCCACAGUUCUUAGAAUUUUCUUGGAGAUAGUUUACCCUGAAAGGCUGUUCGUGUUCUAUUUCUCAUCUUUCACUUAGAGAUCAAUGUUUAUUUUGCGUACACCAUGACAUCAGCGUUAGGCAAUUAGGAGAAAAUCUAAUCAUUUCACCUUUAUUUUAAAUGGCUCUUGGAUUCCCUCCAGUCUCAUUGUGAAGCAGGCAGGGGGAAAAAAAGGGUAAUAAUCUGAUUUCUGUCCAUAUUUUUAGUGUUUUAUGCUUUCCAUUAAAGUCUUGCUUAUCUCCAGUGUGCUUGUUCUGACUUUUUGAACUGCAGGGUCAAAAACUUCCCCUCCCCAACAUUUUUUUCCUGAGUGGCCUGUCUUCGAAAAGUCUAAAUAACAUUGAUCGUGGUGUUUAAUACACGAAUGAAACCCAUGGUUAUUGACUAUAUAAUUAAUAUACUGUCUAAAAGUGAAGUUUGGUAGCCCAGUAUAUACAGGUUUAUAUAUUGACGUGUUUCUUUGGCAAUAUGCCUUCUAAGGUUUUAUUCAUAGAAAAUGAAACUGUUCGUUGCAUCUCGUUUCCUUGUCACUUGUUAGAAAGCCACUUCUCCCCCCAGUAAAUUGAUUGUUUCCUUAUCUCAAAGAGAGGAUUUCCCCCCUCGUAUUCCCCCUCCCUUUUUUAUGCAGUGUGUUAGCUCUUAGUUUUAUAAUCCACUCUGCUGGUAGAGUUCUGGCUUUCAGAAACACUUUUGGGAAUAAUCAUUUUUUUCCUCAAAAAAGAGAGACUUCAGAUGUUUAAUUUUCAUUGUUUUGGGAAAAAACCUCAACUGAGCAUGUUUCAUUAUUAAGCUGAUAAGUAUUGUUAAUGUCAAGGAAAAAAAGGAAAAGAAUGGGUACUGUUAGGCCCACUGAUUAUUUCUUAACACAAGUAAUCCAUGUUCAUCGUAGAAAAGUAACCUGCAGACAAGAAAAAACAAAAAACAAAAUUGUCCCACCAAUCGGCAAUAACUGCUUGUGUAGCUGACUGCUCUUCUCUAUACUUGUAUGUGUGUAUAGUUUUAACUUAAAAAUGGGGUGAUAUUAUGCAUAUUAUUCUGUGACACUUUGUUCCUAGCACUAAAGGAUGGACCUCUUUCCUACUUCAGUAAAAAUAGAUCUGUGUUAUUUUUUUUUAGCUCUGCAUCAUUUUAAUUAGUAUUUGCCUAUACGAAUGUGUGAAUUUAUUGAGCCAGUUCACCUACUGGAUAUGUAUAUUUUCUAGCUUUUUAAAUUUUAUUGAGAUAUAAUUGGCAUAUAACAUUGUAUUAGUUUAGACGUACACAUACUUUCUAAUUGUUAUCAUAAACUCAGAUUUUGAUGGGCAGAAGCAUCAUCCUUUGUUGCACUGGGAAAGUGUGUGCCUUCUCCUCUUGUUCUGUACGUUUCUCUGUGCCUUCUUUGCCUCAGUCCAGUGAGAGCUCCUCUGACCCUCACGGCUGGCAGGUGAUUUGAGCGGGCACUAGAAUCCUCUGGAGCAACAGCAGGUAGAAGACCAGGAAGGAGAGGCGCAAGGAAGGCCCAGAGCCACCGGUGGCUUCAUCCUACCUACCACGUGGACGGGGUUGUGGCUGCUAGAGGAGGCUUGGAUCCUCUUGUUUUCUGCUAGAAAUGGCCUCUUGAACACAUCUGACUUGCUUUAUAGAUCAACCUGAUUCUUUAUCUAAAGCUAUUAAUGAAUGAUUAUUAAAAAUCUUUUCAUUACA